GCUCAAAUUACUUCCACAGAAUGAGCGUAAGCCGUAACUCAGUACCUGCAUCUCAGCCAAACUACAUGGCAACGACUGCCUCGGCCAAGGCUCGAGUCAGUUCAGAAAGUGCACCAAGGCAUAGGCCUUCAACCCCAGAGAGGGAGAAAACCGGUUCAGUAAAGAAACGACUUUAUUUCCCUGUCCCGGACCAGUGCAAUGAUAUUGGCAUCAACCGCCACGAUUCAGAUCAUUACAGCAUGAACACCCAAAGCUAUAAAAACAUUCAUAUGGUCCCAUUUUGUGUUGAUCAGAGGUCAAAUAUUUCAUCUUGUUGCACAGAUAGCUUUGCUGAUGAUAUUUCUUCAGCUGCAACUUGUGAUACAAGAAGAUGGUUGAGAUGAGCCGAGAUGAUUUCGGACAGGAAUGAGCGUUAUGAAAUUCCAUUUACGAGCUUUUGUAUUUACGUGAAGAUGCACAAUAUCCGGUAGUCGAUAUGAAAUUAAGCCUACAUUUCCAAA